CAGAGGGAGGAGGUGCGCCGCUCGUUCCUCUCUCGGUCCUGUUGUCUCGCUUCACUCAAAUCCCCUCGCACUCCCUCCCACGACCCCGCUGCGAACUGGCCUGACCUAAUGCAGCUUUGACCAAUAAUUUCCCCCCUUGUUUGCUGAUAUAACGAAGUGACGUCGCUAACCAGGUACACGCGCCGUUGAAGAGCGUCGAACGAAAGAAUCUGGGACAGUACUGCUUCCGUGAAAUGUGGGAAUUUUUGCAACUUUCCCUUCAGUGAGUAAAUAAAUCCGCCUCUCCAAUUAUUUCAGAACUGUGACCCGAUGAGUUUAUUUUUUCCGGUAGAGUUAAGAAAGCAGACCACGAACAGUGUGUGUGAAAGGGGACGAAAGAGUGAUCAAAGAACGUGGAAUCCAAUUAUAUUAGGACUGUAACCUGAUGACUUUGUUUUUCCGAUAGACUUGAGGCCAAAAAAACAGACAGUGCUAAAUAUGAACCAAGGAACGAAGAGAAAUAUUGAAAACUGUUGAACUAUAUAAACUUUUCAAUAUAUGAGUGAGUGAAUCUGUCCCACUUAACUUUCUCUGCUGUGUAACCUGAUGACUUUGUUUUUUUACGAUAGAGUUGAGGCAGAAAAACAGACAGUGCUAAAUAUGAACCAAGGAACGAAGAGAAAUAUUGCAAACUAUUGAACUAUAAAAACCUUACCGUAUAUAAGUGAGUGAAUCUGUCCCACUUAACCUUCUCUGCUGUGUAACCCGACGACUUUAUUUUUCCGACGUAGUUGAGGAAGCAAAUCACGUACAGGGUUUUAAAAGUGAACGAAAGAACGAAAGAAAGAACGUGGCCACCAAUUAUUUUAGAAGCGUAACCUGAUGACUUUGUUUUUACGAUAUAGCUGAUGAAGGAGACCAAGGACAGUAUGUGAAAGUGAACGAAAGAAAGAAGAAAGAACGUGAAGAAAUACUGCAAUGUGUUGAACUAUAUAAACCUACGAGAAUAAAAGUGAAUGAAGUUGAAGUAAAAGAAAAAUAACGAGAACAAGAACAAGGAAAAUAAUAAAGAAUAGAAAAAAAAUAUUAAAAGACAAAAAAGAUGAUAAUAAUUAAAAGUAAAGAAAAAAGAACCCUGAAAUAACCUAAACGAAGAAGAAGAACAAGAAAAAGAUAAAGAAAAAGAAGUAAUAUAUAGAAAAAAAAGAAAAGAUAAAAAAAGGAGAAAAAAAACAGUAAUAACCUAAGACAUGAACUCCAUCCCAGCGCGGACCUUCUUACACCCCCCCUCUUCCCCUACCUCCUCCUCCUCCUCCUCCUCCUCCUCGUCGGGGUUAGAGGCGGCAGCGCGACGAUCAUGGGUUGUGUAAAGACCUGGAGAUUGCAGUGUGUUUGACCUUCCGACGCCAUCAGCGGGGAGCAAACACGCGGAAGAGAGAGAGAGAGAGAGAGAGAGAGAGAGAGAGAGAGAGAGAGAGAGAGAGAGAGUAACUUGGGGUCCAUCUAACAUCUAGGGCCUAUCCAUAUACUACACAUCUUCCCACUUAUUCUCCUCCUCCUCCUCCUCCUCCUCCUCCACUUCUAGAGAGAGAGAGAGAGAGAGAGAGAGAGAGAGAGAGAGAGAGAGAGAGAGAGAGAGAGAGACUAGGGGUCCAGACAACACCUAGUUCCCAUCCAUAUUACACAUCUUCAACCCACUUCUCCACCUCCUCCUCCGCUUUUUCCUCCUCUUCCUCCUCUUUUCAAGAUGUAAGGAGGCUCAGCGGCCAUGACGGGUGACAGAGAGAGACACGUACGAACUUUAGCGUCUGGAAAAGUUAACGUGGAGAGGAGGAAAAGCAGAAGGAGGGCGUGCGGGGUGCCGAGGGGGGGCAGCUGGGUCCUCCUCCGCCGCCCAGCCAGACCCUCGCGAUGCCUGGAACGCGCCGCCACAAGCCGCGACGCUCCGCUAAUGGACACAAAGUUGGGGCCGCAGUGUAACAGGUCUCCGGGUCGCUGCCAGGCAAACUUUGGGCCCCGUGUUAGCGGCGCCCGAGAGCAAGUGGUUCCAGGAGCUUGUGAGGAUCCUGAGGGGAGCGUUGUGACCCUCAAAGAAGAAGAGCAAGAACCCUUCCCAAAGAGGCCGCAUUGGACCGGUGAAAACUUUGCUCUCCGUGUUAGCGGCGCCCGAGACCAAGAGGUUCCAGGAGCCAAAGAGGAGUCUGAGGGGAGCGUUGUGGCCCUCCAAGCCCGUGAGGAUUCUGAGGGGAGAGUUGUGGCCCUCAAACUCCUUCCAAUUCUAUGGCCGCGGAACAGUGAAAACUUUCCCUCCCAUCUUAGUUGUGCCCGCGAUCAAGAGGUUUCAGAAGCCCAAAAGGAGACUCAGGGGAGCGUUGUGGUCCUCCAAGCCUUCCAAGCCCUUCCCUUCCUGAAGAGGUCGCGGCGGAACAGGUCAGAAGAUCACAGUGAAAACUUUGCCUCUAGUGUUAGCUGCGCCCAGGACCAAACCGUCUCAAGCACUAACGUGGUGCUGAAGGGGACCACUAUGGCUCUCCACGCCCCUCCAUACCAGAAGAGAGCACGACAAAACACGACUCCUGGUUAUAGUGAGGAAAAUCUUGCCUUCCAGGACCUACGCGCCUCAGGGCCAGACAUGGUUACCCUUGGGAGCGUCUCGACCCCCCACCAGAUUCCUUUUCCCGAGAGGCCGCAGCGUGACAGUUCUGAGGGGCAUUGUAGCAAGUUUGCUUGCCGUGUAAGCUGCUCCCAAGAUCUCGAUCUAUGGCCCUACAAAGCUUCUGAAACGUGUGCUGUGCCCCCUCAAGCCACACCCAUUCCCAAGAGACCUCAAUGUAGCAGGUCAUGUGGUCAGAGUAAAAACGUAAUGUCCUGUGUUAGCUACGGCCAGGACCAGCUCCCUUCAGAGUCACACUGGACUUCUGUGUGGCGUGUUGUAAUCUUUCACGAAGCGUUUCCAGUCUUGCCUCCAACCCUCCUCCCUGACCAGUGGCUUUUGGAGUCACGGAAACACUACAUGGAAGACCAGUUCGCAUCAGAUCCCGACAAAAGUUCUUCAGAGGGUGUUGUGAUCCUCCAGGAAGCCUCUUCAGCCCUCCUUCCAACCCUCCUUCCCUACCUGUGGCUUUUGGAGUCGCCGAAGCACUUCUUGGAGGUUGUGACGAGGGAGGAGGAAGGGAAAACAAAGAAGGAGACGUCACAAUUCUCGUACGCCUCCAACGGGCUCACGCAGCGCCAUAGAAGCUCAAAAUAUGACACCAGAAGACUUUGGACGCCUGACGAUGAUGAAAAUAUCUCCAUCUGUCCUUCCUACGGCUUCAGAACGACAUCACAGACCCUCACCGACCAGGAACAUAUUUACCAGAGUUCACCACGCCAACAGACACCACAGAACGUAACCAGGAGCUUACAGACAAGUCCUAAAGCAGUCCCUGUCUGUUCACACAUUCCCAGGGCACAACAGACAGACACAGACGAGAACCAUGACCCUCACCGACCGUCAUCCUCACAAACACUACUGAGCAAGCCACAGAGAUGUCCUAAGGAUGUCCCAAGCUGUCCUAACGUCCCUCAAAGGAUACAAAGGACCCAAAAAGCCCAGGAACUUGCCCCCAACACCCCCCAACGCUCACAGACACAACAGGACAUCCCCAGCAAGCCACAGAGAUAUCCUGAAGAUAUCGUAGAGUGUCCUAUCGUCCCACAAAGGAUUCAAAGGACCCCAACAGCCCAGGAACAUGCCCCCAAAAGCUCACCAUGCCCACGGACACCACAGGACGCCCGUAGGAGGUCACGGAGGGGUGCAGUAUCGGUGACCUCGUGUAAGGGGCGUAGGAGCAGCCUGGAGUCCUUCGCAGCAUCCUUCCUCCCGCUCCUCCUGAUGCUGACGAUGAUGAUGCUCCCCACGCAAGUCCUGGCUGAUGUUGG